AUGGUGGCCACCCUGCCAUCUGGCCCGCUCGAGGUGAAGACGGGCCGCCUCACGUCCUCGUACCAGGCAAGGUGGUGCGCAAUCGAGACAAUCAAGGGCGGGCCUUGCUUCACUGUGCGGAAGAUCGGACCCCGACUCGACGGAAAGCCCGACCGGAUCCUGCCGCUCGACUCCAUGUCCAUCCGUGGCGACGAUGACGGGCUUGGUAUCAAAAUUCUAGGAGCAGACGGAAGCGUCCGCCUCACUCUACGCGCUGCCAACGCUGACGUCAAGCGUGAGUGGUGCGGUGGCCUUACCACCGCUCCUCCCGCUGCCACGCACUUUGAGAGCACGGGCUCCCUUUUGACCGCCGAGCUCGGCGAGGGCGACGAGGACGACAACGAGGUGACGGCGUCUGCCGAGCCUGUCGUGAAGAGCGGCUCCGAGCCUGCCGGCCCAGUGAAAAGCGGCUCCGGGGAGGAUCUCGCCGCGUCUCUGGCGUCAACCAUGUCGGAGAUGUCGCAGCAGAUCGAGCGGCUUGCCAAGGGCGGCGUGCCCAGGGGCGGCUCGGGCGACACGGUCCUCUCCGAGUCGUCGCAGUCGGACGAGGCGGCCAGCCCGCGAAGCGUCUCCUCCCGAGACGUCCAGCUCGCCCUCGGCGCCGAGCUCAAGUCGGGCGGCAUCUCUUUGCGCAGCACCACGCGCGACGCCGACGCCGCCAGCCGAGGAGCCCGCUUCUCGCGCGAGAGGGCGGACACGGCGGAGCGCCGCCACGUCCGCUUUGAGGCGGCGGCGGACGAGGACGACGACGAGGAGGUCGCGUCGGUGUCGGACGCAGUAUCAGCGGCGGCAUCGGACGCGGCGGCCGAGGAGGAGGGUCUGGAGGAGGACAUCAAGGGCCACGAGGCGGACGCGCUCGCGACGGCGCUGCUGGCGCGGCCGCGAGGCCCAGCCUCCCGCCGCUCCCCGUCCUUCUCGCCGUCUCAGAGCCCGCGGCGCUCGGAGCUCGACGACGGGGUGAAGGGCGCGCCCCCGCCGAUGUCGACGGCCACACCCUUCAACUCCUCAGAGGCGUUGGGCGCCGGCCCAGAGGAGGAGGAGGAAGAGAAGGAGGAGGAGGAGAAGGCCGCGGAGGAGGAAGAGAAGGAGGUGGUGAAGGCAGUGGAGGAGGCACAGGAGGAGCGGCAGCACUCCGCAGCGCUGCACGCCUGGGCCCUUGCGGCCAUCGACGCGACCGAGACCGAGGCGGAGGCGGCAGAGGUGGAGCAGGAGGCAGAGGCGGCAGCGGCCGAGGCAGAGGAGUGGGAGUACGGCAGCGACACCGCGAGCGAUGCCACGAGCGAGGCGUCCGAGGAGAGUGGGGACCCGCUCGUAUCGAGCUGCCGGCCCCUGCACACGUGUGUUCUCGGCAAACGCCCCGCGCCCCGCUCCGAGGGCUUCGAAGACGAGGCGACCGCGAUCGCAGCGGUGCUCUCCGGCGCACUCGCCGGGCUCGAGGUCUCGUAUAAGCCGCACGGCCCCGACGGCGACGUGGUAGAGGCCCGCCUCCUGCGGCUCGACCCCAUCCUCGACUCCAUCCAGGAGAGCGACCUCGAGAGCGCCGAGGAGGAGGAGGGGGGGGAGGUGGCGGCGCUGCCGGCUGAGCGGCAGCCGGACCAGGCAACCGGCUCGACGCGCCGCCGUGGCCUCUCCCUCACCCUCUCUGUGGCGGGGCGGACCGAGACGGCGACCUCGCAGGCGACCGCCGACAUGCUCGUCAACGACUCGACCGCCGCCGAGCUCAUCUUGCAGCAGGCGGACGCGCUGGCGGGCUCGGCAGCCGCCGGGGCAGAGCCGGCCGGCAGCCUGGCUUCGGAGGGGGAGGCUCGCGGCGCUCCAGCAGGGGAGGGCGGCACCGAGGCGGAGGGUGCCGCUGUGUGCGGCCCGAUCAACGUGCUCCUCCCUCCAUCGGCAGAGAAGGGCGAGCCGGAGGCGGAGGCGGAGGCGGGGGCGGAGGCGGAGGCGGAGGCGGAGGCGGAGGCGGAGGCGACGGCGACGCCGCUCCUGGCUGCCAAGACGGCACCGCCACCGCCGCGCAAGAAGUCCGGCCUCGCCCUCCUCCAGGGCUCAGCCGUCAAGCCGCCAGCCGGCGGAGCUGCUGCGCCCAAGGAGGCCAAGAAGGCAGCCUCGGCGCCGGCCAGCAAGGAGCAGCCGCAUGCCAAGGUUGAGCUCUCCCUCCGCGAGGACGGCUCGGCGCGCCUCGAGGCGGCGCUCCUCGGAGCAGCAGACGACGCGGCAAACGAGAAGGCGGCGGACGAUGCGGCGAGCACCGCCGGCGCCGGCGCCAUCGGCGCUACGCCGCCCGCGCCCGCAUCGAUCAGCCUCCGCAGCCAGCUAGAGGGCGCGGAGCCGGAAGGCGCGGAGCCGGAGGGCGCCGUCGACGGCGGCGGCUCCUGCGGGCAGGGCCCUCGGCUGAGGGGCUACUCCAUCCCGCAGCCGCCCCUCGCGCCGGCGGGCCGCGACGAGGCGCUGACCGAGGAGGAGCACGCGCGGCUCCGCGUCAAGCUCGCCGCCGCCUCGCGGGUCGUGCAGGGAGACGCGAUGGUCAAGUUCUGCGGGAGCCGCGGCCGGCGCAAGCGCCACGUCUCCGCGCGCAAGCGCCAUGUCCGCGUGCUGGGCACGUGCGGCACCCUCGCGUGGGCUGCGGACGCCGCCUCGACCCGCCAGGCCUCGCGCCGGCGCGAGGGCCAGCUGGUGACGCUCGAGUCGCGCACGCUGACUCUGAUGGCGCCGACGGCCGAGGCCAAGGAGAUGUGGGUGGUCGGCAUCAACGCGAUCCUGUCCGGGCUCUACUUUUGA